AUGGAACCAACAACGGCAGUUACCCAAUUCACAACAGCAGAACCCUCUGAUCUCACCGAAUUUGUACUUGUUCAAGGCCAUGGAGUGAAAGGACUGUCCGAUAUGGGACUUAAGACCCUCCCAAAGCAGUACGUGCAGCCAUUAGAAGAGAGGCCAAGCAGCUUCAAGGUUGUUCCUCAUGAUCAUCUUCAACAAUAUUCUAUUCCCAUAAUCGACAUGGCUAAUUGGGAACACCCAGAUGUUGCAGAUGCGAUCUGUGAUGCUGCUGAGAAAUGGGGUUUCUUUCAAGUUGUGAACCAUGGCGUGCCUCUGCAAGUUCUGCAGAAUGUCCAGGCUGCGACUUACAGGUUCUUUGAAUUGCCUCCUCAUGAGAAGAUUAAGUACUCGAAAGAGUAUUCACCUUCUAAUAAUGUUAGGUAUGGUUCGAGCUUUAGCCCUGAGAAAGAGAAGGCUCUCGAGUGGAAAGAUUAUAUUAGUCUCUUCUUUGUUUCUGAGGACGAGGUUGCAACAACUUGGCCUCCUGCAUGCAGGGAUGAGACCCUAGAAUACAUGAAAAAGACUGAGACAGUGAUCAAGAGGCUCCUAAAAGUGCUGAUGAAGAGGCUAAACGUGAAAGAAAUUGAUGAAACAAAGGAAUCACUUCUCAUGGGCUCAAAGAGGAUCAAUCUCAACUACUAUCCCAUUUGUCCAAACCCAGAUCUAGCAGUAGCAAUAGGUCGUCACUCUGACGUCUCAACCCUAACCAUCCUCUUCCAAGACAAAACCGGCGGCCUUUACGUCCGAGCCAAUGACGGCAGCAAGCUCUGGAUUCACAUGCCGCCGGUCUCUGGCGCUCUGGUGAUCAACAUCGGUGAUGCCUUGCAGAUAAUGAGCAAUGGAAGGUACAAGAGUGUGGAGCACCGAGUGACAGCAAAUGGGGGCAAGGUUAGGGUUUCAGUGCCAAUUUUUGUGAACCCUAAACCCUCAGAUGUGAUAGGACCUUUGCCUGAAGUGGUGGCAAGUGGGGAGACAGCAUUGUACAAGAAUGUGUUGUAUUCAGAUUAUGUGAAGCAUUUCUUCAGGAAAGCUCAUGAUGGGAAACAAACUAUUGAGUUUUCUAAGGUUUGA